AUGCUAGAUGAUUUUCGUGUUGAGUGGCUCUGCCGUCGAACAUGUCAAAUGUUAAAUAUUGAUAGGUCAAUAUUUAUCGAUAUGUUAGAACGACAUAAUGGUUUUAAUGAAGAUCAGAUUGAUAAAUUUCUUACUACAAAUACCGCUUUGCACGAAAGAUCCUAUGCAUUAAUAUUUCAUCGCGAAGAUUCAAAACGAGACGUUUGGCAACUGAUUGAAACUAUUGACGAAGAAGAACUUGAUGAUCUUGAUGACGAUGAAACCGACCAACAGUUUAUUUUAAACGUCAAUCAACCCAUUAAUAUAGAAACUGAGUUUUCAAUUGAUUAUGUUGUGAACUAUGCUCGUCUAUCAUCUGGUGAUUCAAUUGAUUCUACUUAUGAAUAUCUCAAAAAUAUUCAACGUCUUUUAGUUAUGAAUCAAUAUGAUAAUAAAAAUUAUUAUUUUGAAUUAAAAUCUUAUCGUCAAACGCAUCUUUAUUGUGAAUAUUAUCAUUAUCAUAAUCUAACAAAGAAAACAUUCGUUUAUUUUAUUCGAACAGAUAUUCAACAAUAUUUAAUUCAAUCGUCAACAUUCGACGAAAUGAAUUUAAUCAUGAAUGAAAAUAUAAUCUGUGGAUUUAUUCCUGACGAACAACCACUUGUUUCACUAGUAGAGAUUCUAUCGCUUAUCUAUCACGAUAUAUUACCGUCGACCAAUCAACAAUCAUCAACAAACGAAUUAAAGUCUUCACCAAAUGAAACAUUAACACAACGGGAUCAAUUGCAAUUAAGUUUAAAUCGUUUUCGUUUACAUAUUAAAUCAACUUUACGUCAAAUGCAAGGUGAAUUUAACUUAACUAUACCAAAUAAAGACUUAUUAACGAGUGGAGAUGAAACAGACGAGGAAUAUGUUGAAAAUUUUGAAUUCAUUGUUUAUAAUUGGGAAAGAAUAUUACAAGAAGAAAUGAAUAAUGAACUAAAUAGACGCGUCUUAAAUUCAAGUCCACUGGCUGAAUUAGAAUUUUGGCACGAACGAUCUAUUCGAGUAACAUCGAUUUUAGAACAAAUGAAAAACGAUGACGUCAUGAAAAUUAUUCGUGUUUUAACAAACAUUGAUAGUCCUUCGCUGUGCGGAUUUAAUAAUAUAAAAUUACAACUUCAAAGCUAUCUAUUAGAAGCAACUGAUAAUUAUAAAUUUCUAUCAACGAUCGAUAGACACUUGAAAACGUUACAAAUGGAAAAAUCAUUCCAAACGAUUAUUCAUAUGUUACCAAAUUUAAUGCAAGGCUUAAAAACGAUCUGGACGAUGUCAAAAUAUUAUAAUAAAGAUGAACGAUUUGUUCCAUUGAUGGAAAAAAUCGCUAAUGAAAUAAUAAAUCGAGUUCAACAAAAGAUUGAUAUAAGAACUUUACUAUCAUCGUAUACAUUAAACGAAGCUGAAAAUCUUUGUUAUCAAUCAAAACAAUUAUUACUUCAAUGGAAAAUUGAAUAUCAAAAUACUCGAGCAAAACUUGAAAAUGAUAAACAUAAUUUUUCAACAUGGAAUUUUGAGCAUCGAAUAUUAUUUGAUAGAACAGAUUAUUUGUCACAAAUAUGUGAUGAUUUAAUUAGAAUGCUAUCUAAUUUGAAUGAAUUCUAUGAUAUAUUUGGUUUAGAAAUGAAAGCUGUUACGGGCGACGAACAAAUGGUUGAUCGAGUACUUGAACAUGUAGCAGGCUUAAAAAAUUCGUUUCUUUCAUGCCAUUUUGAUAUGUUUAAUCGUGAAAAUUCUCAACAAUGGCAUUCAUUUAUCGAAGAAUUUAAUCAUCGUUCAUCCAUAAUUGAACAAGAAGCUAAAAUUUUCAUACAGGCUUCGUUUACACAACUUCGUUCAGCUGAAACAGCGCUUGAUAUGCUUAUGAAAUUUCAAAAGAUUGAUACAACUCAUGUUUUAGCAUAUGAAAUGGUUCGCCAAUUUACUGCUAUUCUUUUACAAUAUUGUAAAGAAAUUGAUGGCAUCUAUGAUCUGUUCGUCAAAUACAAAGAUAAUCCACCCAUAUUUAAAGGUCUUCCACCUAUUGCCGGUGCUAUUCAAUGGUCUCGUUUUUUAUUCAAACGCAUAAAACUUCCAAUGAUUAAAUUCCUUUCAGUCGAUCAAUUACUUCAAUCCGAACAAGGUGCAACUGCAAAACAACGAUUUAUAGAAAUAGGUACUCUACUUAAAAAAUACGAAGAAGAACUCUAUACAAAAUGGCUUGAUAGUGUGACUAAAAAUUUGCCGAUCUAUCUCAAACAAAGUUUACUUAUCGAUGCUGAACAACGACCAGAUCUAUUUCUCGAUAGUAACCACGUGGAACUUAUUCAUAGUAGUCCUGGAUAUCGGUUGCCACUUUAUAUAACUAAAAAAGACACAAACCGUAUGCCAACAUCGAUCGAUCAAUCGCAUUCAAUAGUAAAUAAAUUAAAAUUAUAUAAAGAAAAAUGCCAUUUAUUUCAAUAUGUAUUCGAUCCAAUGGGUACUAAGAAAAAAAUUGAAAUAAAAUACUUGAUAAAUUAUGAUCCAAAUUUAACAGAAUCAUUAACUGAAUGUUAUCACUUAGAAAAACUUGGAUUUAAUUUGCCUGAAUCAAUUAUGCAAAUCAACUUACAAUAUUCAAAGUUUGAACAAGUAUCGACUGAACUCCGAUCAAUGCUUGAAGAUUAUCAUUUGACCAUUGCAUCACUUGAUACUAUUGAAGUAUCACUUCUUCAAUCGUCCAUUGAACAAAUUCAAAAUAGUAUUCAACCUGGAGUGUCAAGAAUAUCAUUUGGAGAAAUAGGAAAUAUUGAUUAUAUAAAUCAAUGUAAACAAAAAUUGGAACAAUUUCAUUCGAUUCUGAAUCAAAUACGAAAAAUUUCAUCGGUUAUUCGGGAACAUCUUGAAAGUUUUCGUUUUUGCAUUGUUGAUCCUACUGUUCCGGGACAUGAUGAUGGAAGUUUAUUUACUUGUCGCGAAUAUUUUGAAUUUCUCUCAAUGAAACGUCAUGAUAUUGGGCUGAGUUUAAAACGACGUUAUGAAUUGAUUGGCCCUUUAUUAACUAAAAUCGAAGCAUUAGUAUUCGGUACUAAUACUGGAAAGCAUAAAACUAUGCAUCCAUUUUAUGCAUAUUGGGAAAAUGAAAUAUUCAGUUCUCUAGUUGAAUUAGUUGUUCGUAAUCUAUGUCAAUUCUAUGAAAAUAUCUUCGGUUCGUCAUCACUGUUUACUAUUGAUGUAAUUCUUGCGCCUCCUCGUAUUAAACUACAACCGCCGCUUGAAGAAAUUAUCAAUUCUAUUCGGCGUAGUGCACAUGCAAUCAGUCAAUUACCGAAGCACUUCGUACGAUGGUUACAUGGUACAUGCUUGUCGUGUCCGUCAACAUCGGUACACGAAGAAAAUCUCGAAGCACCAGAUUUUACGUUCUACAAUGAUGUCAAACAGCAUCCUGAUGUCGCUUCAGCGUUAAAACCAGUUCGCUCUUACGUUUCCGGAUUAGUCACUCAUUUAAAUCGAAGACUUAGCCAAUUAUUAACCUACAAUGAUUUAUGGAAAAGUGAUAAACAAAAAUAUACAAGCCGAUUUGCUUUAAAAUCUCGAACAUAUUCUGAUUAUGAUGAAAUAAUGACAGUCUUUUCUAAAAUCAAUCAAACAUUCGAUCGGUUUUUAAUUAAUAAAAAUAUCUAUUCAAUUGAAUUACGUUUUAAGCAAUUUCAUCAAGCAUUAAAACAUCAUUGCAAAGAAUGGAUACAUCAUUAUGGACAACAUUUAUAUCUAAACAUGUCCAAUAAACUUAAAGAAAUUGAUCAUAUUUUAAACAAUUUACUUCAAGGUCUUAAUCACGAUGCUGAUACUGUACCCGAUUUAAAGUUUGUUUUGAAUAUAAUAACACAAAUUAAUCAACAGCAAGAAUCCAUAGGACAUCAGAUUGACGAAAUUAUACAAUCAUAUCAAAUUUUAGAAGAACAUCAUUUUGAAUAUCCACAGACUGAGUGGAUACUUAUGAACACGUUAUUUCCUCGUUUAGAAAAACUUGUUGAACAAUCACUUAUUGUACAACAUCGUUUGAAACCAAUACGUGAACGUUUUCGUGAAAUAAUUCAAUACGAUAUUGACCUAUUUCAACGAAUGAUUGAUGAACUUGUAGAAAAAUUUGAUAACUAUGGUCCAUAUCGAAUUGAAAGUGAUCUUGAUCAAAUAUUUCUACUUGUAAAACAAUAUGAACAAGAUAUUGAUAAAAUAGAACAACGAAAACUUGAAAUAAUUAAUAUAAUGAAACUAUUUCAUAUGCCAUUGAUUAGCUAUCCAAAUUUAAUACGCGUUCAAAAGGAAAUCAACGGUUUAAAUACUCUAUUUAAUCUUUAUGAGGAAUUUAAAAGAAAUAAAAAGCUGUGGUCAAAUAUCCUGUGGGCAGAACUUCAUAUUAAUGAUUUAAUUGUUAAUGUUGAUUUAUUUAUUAAAAAUUUCCGCCGUUUAUCACCAGCUAUUAAAACAACAAUCGUCGGUCAUUCAGUUGAAAAAUAUUUGUCAGGUGAUUUAAGAAAGCAAACAUCUUUCUUUUGUGAUACUUACGAGGGAAGGUCACCAAGUGUUCAAUCGCUUUUAAGUCAGAACUAUGUGUGUCAUGUAGACCCCAGCGAGGGUUAUUUUGUUUCACUAGAUUUUCGUUCGUCACUUCCGAUCAUGGUUGAUUUGAAAAAUGAAGCAUUACGUGAACGUCAUUGGCAACAAAUUAUUCAAGAGACUAAUAUUGAUAUUGACCUAGCAAACAGCAUUCUCACAUUGGAAAAUAUAUUUCAAAUGAAUUUACAUCAAUAUCACGAUAUAAUUCAAAGCAUUUUGCAAACAGCUAUUAAAGAAUUGCAAAUAGAAAAGAAUCUUAAUGAUAUUCAACAGCAAUGGGACACAAUGCGUUUUCAAAUACAUAAACAUUACCGUCAUACAACAGGCACUAGUUUUCAACAAGAACGUGGCUUUAUCAUAACCGGUGUUGACGAUAUUCUUCAAGCACUCGAAGAUUCAACUUUACUUCUUAGCAGUAUAGUAACUUCGCGUUUCGUUGGUAUUUAUCUUUCACAAGUUGAACAAUGGAUUCAAAUUUUAUCCUUAAUUUCUGAUGUAAUUAAAUUAUGGACUAUUGUACAACAAAAAUGGAUGUAUCUUGAAAAUAUAUUCAUUGGUUCCAAUCUACAAUUUGGUGAAGAUGCGAAACGAUUUGAUACAGCUGAUAAAUUAUAUCGAAAAAUAAUGUUGGAAACAUCGAGGAAUUCAUUCGUUAAAGAUGCUUGUAUACAUCCUGGCCGAUACGAUGAACUAAAGUCUAUUUUAAUACUUAUUGAAAAAAUUCAAAAAAAUUUAAAUGAAUAUUUAAAUACGAAACGUCAAUUAUUUCCACGAUUCUAUUUCCUGUCCGAUGAUGAACUUCUGUCGAUAAUUGGCUCAUUGGAUCCAAAUCAUAUUCAAGGAUAUUUACAAAAAUUGUUUGACAAUAUAGCGGCUCUAGAUUUUGUUCAAUAUGAUAAAUUAUCAGCGUUUAAACAUAAACAAGAUGACGAACUAGUUCAUUUAAAUAGUAGUGACGAAAAUUCUAUGUAUGCUACAGCCAUGAUUUCAUUAGAAAAUGAAGAAAUGUUUUUUUUGAAUCCAAUUGAAUGUAAUGGAAAAGUUGAAAUAUGGAUGUCACACAUUGAAAAAGAAAUGAAAUAUUCAAACCGUUGGUUAACUAAAGAAGCUAUUUUUUAUUAUCGUUUUAAACAGAAUAGAUUAGAAUGGAUGAGAAAAUACAUCGGUAUGGUUGUUUUAGUUGUGAAUCAACUAUGGAGUACAUGGGAAAUCGAAGAUCAAUUCGAUAAAAUGAACAGGCAAAAUCAACGUUUAGCCAUGAAAAAUUACGUUAAACAACUUAACUUUCAAAUAGAAGAAAUUGUUUUAGAAAUGAGAAAAUUUUUAAAAUCAAAUGAAUAUAACAAAUUUGAAACAGUUCUUACCAUCGAUGUUCAUACUCGUGAUAUGGUAGAUAUUUUAAUACGUGAUGGUAUUAAUGAACGUCAUGAUUUUUCAUGGCAAUCUCAACUGCGAUUUUAUUGGUUUUCAAAUGAAGAUAAUCUAUUUCUACAGCAAUGCAAUGGAAAAUUUGAAUAUGGUUAUGAAUACAUGGGUCUUAACGGUCGUCUUGUUAUUACACCAUUAACUGAUCGAAUUUAUCUGACCGUUACGCAAGCUUUGUCAAUGUUUCUUGGUUGCGCACCAGCUGGACCAGCAGGUACUGGGAAAACAGAAUCAAUUAAAGAUCUUGCUAAAGCUAUGGGUCUACUUUGUGUUGUUACCAAUUGUGGCGAAGGCAUGGAUUAUCAAUCAAUAGGUAAAAAUUUAAAUGGUUUAUGUCAGACUGGUGCUUGGGGAUGUUUUGACGAGUUUAAUCGUAUCGAAGCAUCGGUACUCAGUGUUGUGUCUACUCAAGUGAAAAGCAUUCAACAAGCAUUAUCAUUGCAUCUUAAAGAAUUUUCAUUUGAACACAAUCAAAUUCAACUUCUAUCAACUGUUGGCAUAUUUGUAACAAUGAAUCCAGGUUAUGCUGGUCGUACAGAAUUACCUGAAUCAGUUAAAACUUUGUUUCGACCUGUUGUUGUCAUCGUUCCAGAUAUGCAAUAUAUCGGAGAAAUAAAACUAUUUGCUAAUGGUUUCAUACAUGCAAAAAUUCUAGCAAAAAAGAUGGUAACAUUGUAUCGUUAUGCGUCAGAAUUACUUAGUAAACAAUAUCAUUAUGAUUGGGGUUUAAGAAGUUUCAAAGCUGUUUUAUCCAUGACGGGUUAUUUAAAACGAACGUCAAUGAAAGACGAUCUCGAAGAAAUUGUUCUACUAAGAGCUCUACGUGAUACGAAUAUACCAAAAUUUAUUUAUGAAGAUGCUCAUCUCUUUCUUACAUUAUUAAGUGAUCUAUUUCCGAAUAUUCAUUGUCCAGAAAUAUCCUAUGAAAAUCUAAAUAACAUUAUUAACGAUGUACUCAUCCGUCAACAUUAUAUUUUAGUUCCUGAACAAAUACAGAAAAUAAUUCAAUUGUAUGAGACAAUGAUGACCCGUCAUUCAACGAUGCUAGUUGGACCAACAGGUGGUGGGAAGACGGUCGUGUUAAAUACUUUAGCCGAAGCGCAGACUCAAAUGGGAAUGAAAACACAUCUAUACAUAUUGAAUCCUAAAGCAUUAAGUGUUGCUGAAUUAUAUGGUACACUUGAUCCAUUAACACGAGAAUGGACUGAUGGAGUUGUUUCGGUGCUCUAUCGCACGAUAAAUCGACCGACAGCACGUAACGAACGACGUUAUAUUGUAUUUGACGGCGAUGUUGAUGCACUUUGGAUUGAAAAUAUGAAUUCCGUUAUGGAUGAUAAUAAACUAUUAACAUUAGCUAAUGGUGAACGUAUUCGUUUACAAGAUUAUUGUUCGUUGUUGUUCGAAGUUGGAGAUUUGAAAUAUGCAUCACCAGCAACUGUAUCUCGUUGCGGGAUGGUUUAUCUGGAUUCGGAAAAUCUUGGCCCAGAUCCCGUAUGGAAACGUUGGUUGAAUACGAAUUUAAUCGAUCGAUCGAAUGAAAAAGAUCAAUUAGAUUUACUUUAUCAUCGCUAUACAAAAAAUCUAUUAAAUUUUAUUUAUUUUGGUCAAACAGAAACAGAACGAAGACCACGAAUGAAAAUGAUUGUUCCAUUAACUCAAGUUAAUAUUAUUGUACAAUUAACAAAACUACUCGAUUCAUUAUUUUUACCGUUGCUUCAUCAUGAGAAAAAGGAUCACUUACAGUUAGAUGCAGAUAAAAUUCAUGCUGUUUUUCUUCAAACAUUAAUUUGGUCAUUUGGUGCUUGUCUUAAACAAGAUGAUCGAAUAUUUUUCGAUACAUUUCUUAGAUAUUUGUCAGGCCUUUCAAAUGCACCUAUAGGUUCAAAAGCCAAAUCAGGACAAUUACCAGAUGAAAAACUUCUACUAUUUGAUUAUAUAUUCCAACCAGAUAUUGAUCAAUGGAUUAAAUGGAAGGAUCUCAUUCCGCGCUACGAACAUGAUCGGUCAAAACGAUUUACUGAAUUACUUGUUCAAACCGUUGAUACGAUUCGUUUAGAAUGGCUCAUUAAAUCGAUGAUAUCCAUUCAUCAACCUGUUCUAUUCGUUGGUGAUACUGGAUCGAGUAAAACAGCAACUAUUCUAUCUUGCAUACGUCAUUUUGAUGCACAGUAUACAAAUUUAAUUUUAAAUUUCUCGUCACGUACGAAAUCAAUUGACGUUCAACGGUCUAUCGAAACUCAACUAGAGAAACGUUCGAAAGAUACUUAUGGCCCAUCAGCUGGAAAUAAAUUAAUCAUAUUUCUUGAUGAUAUGUCUAUGCCGAAAAUCGACCAAUAUGGAACACAACAAGCUAUUGCGUUACUUAAAUUACUUGUUGAAAAACAUGGAAUGUACGAACGAAAUGAAGAAUUUAAUUGGAAAUUCGUUACAGAUAUCGAUUGGAUUGCUGCAAUGAGCACACCUGGUGGAAGUAAUAAUAAUAUCGAUCCACGAUUUGUCAGCCAUUUUAGUACUUUUUAUAUUUCACCGCCAUCGUAUGAAUCUCUUUUUCGUAUAUUCUCAACAAUAUUACAAAGUCAUGUAACAACAUUUCCAAUAGAAAUUCAAGAACUAAUUCCAAAUAUAAUAAAGUUUACUUUACAAGUCUACGACGCUAUUCUCCGAUCCUUUGUUCCAACACCAGCAAAAUUUUAUUAUAUAUUUUCUUUACGCGAUCUCAGUCGUAUCAUUCAAAGUCUUUUACAAGCAACACCGGAACGGUUUGAUACGAUUGAAAGAUUUACACGUGUUUGGUUACAUGAAUGUAUUCGCGUAUUUUCUGAUCGCUUCAAUGCUGGAAAAGAUCACGAAUUGUUUAGUAGAAUUUUAGAAACAAUUAUUGAUAAUAAUUCUCUAUUAAAACCUCAUCGAAAUUAUUUAUUUCGUAAACCGAUUCUUUUCAGCGAUUAUCGUACGGUAUUGAAAGAAGAUGAACCAAAAAUUUAUGAAGAUCUACAAGAUUAUCACGCAAUAAAAUCUCUAUUUGAUGAAAUUAUUUUAGAAUAUAAAGAGCAAUAUGGACAAAUGAAUAUUGUUUUAUUUAAUGAUGCACUUGAACAUUUAACACGUAUUUAUCGUGUGCUACGUUUAGAUCGUGGACAUUUAUUAUUGGUUGGGACAGGUGGUUCAGGAAAAAAAUUACUCGCAAAAAUUGCUGCAUUUACUGCUAAGUGUCAAAUAUUCGAAAUACAAUUGACAAGAAACUAUAAUGAAAUAUUAUUUCGUGAAGAUUUAAAAAAUUUAUUUUAUCAAACCGGAUUAAAAAAUGUUAAAACCGCUUUUAUUCUCCAUGAUGCGCAAAUUGUUGACGAAAGUUUUCUUGAAUAUAUCAACAAUAUUUUAUCAAACGGUAUUGUUCCUGCUUUAUUUACCGAACAAGAAAGAGAUGGAAUUAUUAAUGAAAUACGUGCAGAAGCAACGGAGUACGUUAAAAAAUCAAUAAAUGAAAAUAUUUGGCAUUAUUUUAUUGCAAAAUGUACAUUGAAUUUACAUGUUAUUUUAUGCAUGAAUCCAAGUGGAAAUUUUUUACGAAAUCGAGCUCGAAAUUUUCCGGCGUUAAUCAACAAUACGACAAUUGAUUAUUUUGAUCGAUGGCCACAACAAGCUCUAUAUGCUGUUGCGGAACAUUUUAUAUCGCAUUUUAAAUUAAUUUCGGAUGAAUAUAAAAAUAAUAUAAUUGAACAUAUGGGUAUGGUUCACGAAUCAGCCAAUUUCUAUUGUGAUCUCUAUGUGGAAAAAAUGCGACGAAGCGCUUAUGCAACGCCGAAAAAUUAUCUAGAUUUUAUACAUACAUUUACUCAACUUUAUCAACAAAAAAAAGAAGACCUAUCUAAACAAGCCGAACGAUUAAACGUUGGAAUUGUUCGCAUCGAUGAAGCUAGUAUACUUAUAGAGGAAAUGGAUAAAAAAUUAGGAAAACAACGUAAAGAACUUGGAAUAAAAACAAAAAAAUGCGAUGAUUUACUAACAGAAAUAACUGAUUUAACAGCGAAACAAACAGAACGUAAAAGUCGAGCAUUAGAAAAAAAACUAAUAGUUGAUGAACAAUUAAUUACAAUCGAAAAGGAGAAACAUGAAGCUGAAUCACAGUUAGCCGAAACUAUGCCAGCAUUACUCGACGCUCAGCAAGGUCUCGAUACACUUAAAUCAACAGAUAUCACUGAAAUGCGUAGUUUUGCUAAUCCAGUUGAUGCACUACGAUUAAUUGGUUAUUGCAUGUUAAUUUACUUAGGCCAUCCAUCUAUCAGUUGGAAAGAUGUUCGAGCCGUCAUGGCUGACAUGAAAUUUAUAACAAAUUUAAAAACUCGUGAUCCUGAUUUAUUCACAUCAAAGCAAGCCGUACAAUUGAAAAUCUAUUUAAAAAAAUUAGAAGAAAAACUUGAUCCAAAUCAUCUAUAUUCCAUGUUGGAAAAGUCUGAACGCGAUAUAAAACUUGUCACAUUAAUGACGAAUGUGAGCCGAGUUGGUGGUAGUUUAUUAAAGUUUAUUCAUGCUAUUGAUAAUUAUAUGGAUAAAUAUCGUGAAACAAAACCGAAAAAAGAACGUUUAUUUUCCAUACAAAAUGAUUAUGAAAAUAAUCUAUCGGAAUUAAAUCGUCUGGAAAUUAGUAUUGAAAAAUUAACGAAUAUCUUGGAUGAUUUUCGUAAAAGAUUUGAUACAGCUAUGGAAGAUAAAUUAAAAUUUCAACAGGAAACCGAAAUAGCACUACGUCGCCGCACAGCAGCCGAAACACUUUUAAGUGGCUUUAAAAGUGAAAUUUCACGGUGGAAAGAAGAACUUAGUUCGAUGAAACAAUAUGAAAAUGAAUUAAUUGGAAAUUGCCUAUUAGCAAGUGCAUUUCUUGCUUAUUGUAGUUCAUUUUCAUAUGAAAUUCGUCAAGAAUUAUUGAAUAAUCAAUGGAGAAAGUAUUUAGAUGAGAAAAAGAUUUUAUUAACAAAAAAUUUUCAAAUACAAACUUUUCUUUCGACGAAUGUCGAAAUAUCCGAAUGGAAUUCUCAAGGUUUACCAGCUGAUGAAUUUUCAAUACAAAAUGGUAUAUUGACUUUACAAACAAAUAGGUUUCCCUAUUGUAUUGAUCCACAAUUACAAUGUUUAUUAUGGAUUCAACAACGAGAAAGAAAAGCAAAUUUAAAAAUUUUAUCAAUGCGUGAUCGAGAUUUUUUGAAACAUUUCGAAUUAGCUAUUAAAUAUGGAUAUCCGGUUCUUUUUAAAGAUGUUGAUGAAUACAUCGAUCCAAUCAUCUUAGAUAUUUUAUCAAAGAAUCUACAAGGCGACACCACUCAUCAAUAUGUUAAAUUAGGUGAUAAAUAUAUUGAUAUUGAUCGAAAUUUUCGCAUGUAUUUAACUUGUCGUUUAUCAAAUCCAAUAUUAUCAACGUUACAUUUUUCUUAUUCAAAAGUAAUCAACUAUACAGUAACAUUAAAAGGUCUUGAAGAGCAAUUGUUAUCGUCUCUUGUUAAAAUCGAACGACGUGAACUAGAAGAAAUGCGUGAAACAUUAAUUCAGGAAAUAUUUGAAAACCAACACCAACAAAAAUCGCUCGAAGAUUCGCUUUUAAGAGAAUUAACAACAAGCACUGGUAAUAUUCUUGAUAAUACAGAAUUAAUUGGAACAUUAGAAAAUACAAAAAUAAAAGUCAAUGAAGUUACCCAAGCGUUAAAUUUAGGCGAAAGAACUCGACAAGAUAUUGAAAAAUUACGUGAUACAUAUCGAUUAGCUGCUAGACGUGGUGCUGUACUUUACUUCUCAUUAGUUCAAAUGUCAAUUAUUAAUUCAAUGUAUCAAUAUUCAUUAAACUCUUUCCUAUCGGUUUUUGAAUAUAGCGUAAAAAGUUCUCAAACAAAUUUAAAACUGAACAGACGUUUAGAAUCUAUAAUAAAUACGUUGACUUAUCAAAUUUAUUGUUAUGGUACAACGGGAAUGUUUGAAAAACAUAAAUUACUAUAUUCAUUUUUAAUAACUAUACAAAUUGAAUUAGACGAACAAAAAAUUAAUUAUCAUCAAAUAGAUUUUUUUCUCAAAGGUAACCUAUCCUUAGAUAGAUCUUUAACAAUGAAAACUAAGCCCGCAUUUAAUUGGCUAACAAAUGAUGCUUGGCAUCAUUGUUUAUAUCUAUCGAAAAUAUUUCCGGAAAAUUUUCAAAAUUUACCAAUGCACAUUCAAAAAUACCAUCAUGAUUGGAAACAAUGGAUUGAAUGUGAUGAACCAGAAAACUAUCCAUUUCCUAAUCUAUACAAUGAAUUACUCAAUGAUUUUGAACGAUUAAUGUUACUAAGAUGUUUUUGUCAAAAUAGAAUUAUUUUUGCAAUAAAUAAUUAUAUUACUAAAAUCAUGGGAGAAAAAUAUAUUACUCCACCGACUAUUUAUUUUGAUUCUAUAUUUGAACAAUCAACAUCACAAAUACCGAUUGUAUUCAUACUUUCACCGGGGUCCGAUCCAACAAACGAUAUUCAAAAGUUAGCAGAAAGAAAAAAUCAAAUUCAUAACAUUAAUAUUGAAAAUGGAACAACAGGAAAUGAUGAACGCAAAUCUUUAAGAACACUUGCCAUGGGUCAAGGCCAAGAAAAACUUGCUUUACAAGCAUUGCAUACAGCUCAACAUCAAGGAACGUGGCUGUUACUUCAAAAUUGUCAUUUACUUUUAUCGUUUUUGAACGAAUUAGAAAAGGAAUUGGAACUAUCAACUAAAUCGCACCCAGAUUUUCGUCUUUGGAUGACAACAGAACCAAUUGAAAAAUUUCCCAUCGGACUUCUUCAAAAGUCCUACAAAGUCGUCAUAGAACCUCCUUCGACAAUCAAAUUAAAUCUUCGUUCGACAUUUGUUAAUUUAAAUUUACAAACAUUUACUGAAUCCGAUCAUCCGGCAUAUCCAUGUAUGAUAUUUAUUCUUGCUUUCUUUCAUGCAAUUAUACUUGAUCGAAGAAAAUACGAUAAAAUCGGAUGGUCAUGCAUUUAUGAUUUCAAUGAAUCAGAUUUUUAUGUUUCGGUCGAUAUUUUAAAAGCUUACUUAAACAUGAGUUUAGAACGUGGUAGUCUUGCAAUUCAAUGGCCGACAUUACGAUAUUUAAUUGGAGAAGUCAUCUAUGGCGGCCGUGUGAUUGAUUCGUAUGAUCAACGUUUAAUUCGAACUUACAUGAAAGAAUAUUUUGGAGAUUUCGUUUUUGAUCAUUUACAACCGUUUCACUUCUUCCAUGAUACAAAUAAAUCAUUGAAAUGUGAUUAUUUUAUUCCUGAAUUACGCGAUUUUCUAUCAGCUAAACGACGAUGGUUACUAAAAGAAGCGAAUAUAACAAUCGAACCUCAAAUUGAAUAUAAUUUCGAACAUGUUUUACCUGAUAAAAUUUCAAGUCUUUUCCAACGUAAUGUCAACGUCGAUGCAAAUCCAAUUGAACCUCAGCAAUUAGAUUAUCAAUUUCUAUCGAAAAAUGUUCUAUUCAAUCAAUUCUUUCAUUAUUCGAUAUUUCGUGAUCUUUAUCUAGCCUACGUUGAUCGCUUACCUCUUUAUAAUCCACCUGAUGUACUUGGUUUACACGCAAAUGCAGAAAUCAACUAUUUAACUAAAGUAGCUGACGAAAUUUAUUCAAAUAUGUUUGAUCUUCAACCAGAACAACAUGAUAUUGAAGAUAAUUCAAGUAGAGAACGAUUUGUUUUAUCAUUAAUUGAUGAUAUACUUCAACAAAUUCCACCAAAAAAGGAUCCUAAUAGUAUUAAACAAAAAUUCAAACAAGUAUCAACACCCUUGACGAUCGUUCUUCUGCAAGAAAUCCAACGAUUUAAUCUACUUACAUCGAUUAUGUGGAAAUCACUGAACGAAUUAAAACAGGCCUUAAAUGGUCAAAUCAGUUUUUCAAUUCAACUCGAAGAAAUCAAUAAAUAUCUCUAUCAUGGACAACUGCCGUCAUUGUGGAGAUCAUAUGCACCAGAAACAAAGAAAUCUCUUGGCAGUUGGAUGGAACACUUUCAACGAAGAAAUCAACAGUAUGAAAAUUGGAUACAGACGGGUGAACUCAAAAUAAUAAAUCUAAGUGGAUUACAUGUACCCGAAUCAUAUUUAGCUGCUAUUAUACAAAUAGCCGCACGUAAAAAUCAAUGGCCUCUAGAUAAAGUGACAUUUUAUACACAUGUUACCAAAUGGCAAAAUAUAGAUGCCGUUGAUGAAUCUCUUCAAAGCAUCUGUUUAAUUGAAGGUUUAUAUUUAGAAGGUGCCGGAUGGGAUAUAGAAAAUCAUUGUCUAACUGAACAAUCAAAUAAACAACUUAUUCAAAUGAUGCCAUUAAUUAAGAUAAUACCUAUUGAAACUUAUCGAGCUAAUAUGACAAAUUAUUUACUCACACCAGUUUAUGUCACAAGUAAUCGUAGAAAUACGAUGGGCACUGGUUUAGUAUUUGAAGCUAAUCUCUAUUCAAAAAAAGACAUUUCACAUUGGAUACUCAACGGUGUUUGUUUAUUGCUAAACGAUGAUUAA